AUACAUUUAUUUCUGUAAAGUCAGCACCUCUGAAACAAUACCAUGUACACAGACAUUCAUUUUGUACAAAAUGGUUCUUUUAUUUUAUGAAAUGCUUCACCGGAACUACCCGGCCCGUUUGGGUGAAAGUGCUACAAUUGCACAAGGUACUGAUGUUGUGUUUGUUUGCCGCGGCCUGGAAUUAGUGUUACUUUGAUGUCUUACUCUGGACGUUGGCAUCUUAAAAAGGGACAAACAACUCAUUCUACGCAACGAACGUGUCGUUUAUUCCAUUCGGUUGAGAUAACGUUAGCUUUCUUGUCACGACAGAGGAAGGAGGUCCUCGCUAACUAGCACUGAAGUUAACGUUAGCAGCGUCGAUGAAAUGAUGGACUGUCGGCCAGCUAAUGCUCCGUGCCCAACACCCACGAGACUAUGUUGUCACUAUAAUGACUGAUAUUUUAAUUAAUCUGUCGUCGUCGCGCGGGUUAUUUUUUCCUUGUUUGUGUAUUCGUUUUUUGCUCGUUUUUUCCACAGCAGAUGUCAGCGUUAGGCUAACUGGGCUAAGUUACGUUUUAAAAUAAUAAAAAAAAAACAUCGCUGCAAAUGACUUGUUUCGUCUUUCAAAGCUGACCACCCUUCAUUAUGACGAAAGUGAGCGGUUAAUGAAGAGGCUGCGAUGUCUGCGACACUGUUAGUAAGUAAACCACACCUUGAACAGGGAGUGAGUUGCACUUUGACGUUCCUUCCAAAGAAGCACCUGUCAAGUUGAACCAGGGACGGUGAACCAGUGAGUGAGACGCCACCUGAUCCAGCAUGAAGACCCCCAGAUCCAGAGUCUUCUUCUAUGUCGGUUUUGUGGUCGGAACCCUUGUGCUGCACUUGUUUUUGCGGCAGAUAUGGUAUGAAACGAGUCGGACUUUACCACAAACCUACAGCGGUGACAAACACACUGACGACCAACACCAGACUGUGGAGGAAGGAAACAUAUGGAAAAAGGAGCGGUCUGCGCUUUUCAACCUACAGCACCCCCAUCACACAGGUGAGGACAGUAGCAUGGCUGAUGAUCUAUACAAAAAUGUGCGCAUUCUUUGCUGGGUGAUGACUGCACCCCAGAACCUGGAGAAAAAGGCUCAGCAUGUGAAGUCUACAUGGAGUCGUCACUGCAAUGUUUUGGUCUUCAUGAGCUCUUUGGAUAACCCCGACUUUCCCGCUGUGGGCUUAAAUACGGCAGAAGGUCGGGAUCAGCUGUACUGGAAAACAAUCCGGGCCUUCCAUUAUGUCUAUGAGCAUCAUGGUCAUGAGGCAGAUUGGUUCCUAAAGGCAGAUGAUGACACCUACGUUAUUGUAGACAACUUGCGGUUGGUUCUUGCGAACCACACACCGGACGAGCCAAUUUACUUUGGCAGAAGAUUUAAGCCCUAUACCAAGCAGGGCUACAUGAGUGGAGGAGCAGGUUAUGUGCUGAGCAAAGAAGCUCUACGGCGGUUUGUAGCAGGCUUUAAAAGCAAACUGUGCACUCACACUACCUCUGUAGAGGAUCUGGCAAUGGGGCAGUGCAUGGAGAAAGUUGGGGUGCAAGCAGGAGACUCUAGAGACACAAGUCACAGGGAAACAUUUCACCCCUUUGUCCCUGAGCAGCACCUCACGGCCAAGUUCCCCAAGAGCUUCUGGUAUUGGAGCUACUGCUACUACCCCAUCGCAGAGGGGCCAAACUGCUGCUCAGACGUGUCUGUGUCUUUCCACUACAUAGACAGUUUACAUAUGUAUUUAUUGGAGUACUACACUUAUCACCUGCGUGCCUUUGGAUACACAUACCGUUACCAGCCCCCGGUCCCUAAAGUCAACAUUAUUGAGAAGUCGGUUCCCCUUGAUGACACAGAAGGACAAAAAGAUUUUGCUUCUCAGGUGAAAGUUAAAGGAAAUGGGGAUGAUGUGUCCAGUGUUGAUAAGAAAGAAAAUGCAGAUCAACCUCCUGCAGCAGGUUCAUCAGUGGACAAACAGUAGGACUGUGUGUGAAGGAAACUUUUUAAUUUUUAUUUUUUUCUCCUUACUCAUAAAAUUAAUCUCAGCUCAUAUUUUUACAUGAGUAGAAAAAUGAGUCCACUUGAAUCUGAAGAGACUCCAUGCAAAAUGCAUGAGCUGGACAACUGAUGACUAUCUCCACAAGUGACUACAAAUUUAAGAGUGCAUUCAUACCAGCCCUUCUAAAUCAAGUUUGUUGGCUUGGAAAGUCCGGUUCGUUUGGGUAGGUUUGAAUGCGCAACUGAACUCUGAUCCGCACCAAAGAAGCGAACUCUGGUCCACCUAAAAACAAAGGUCUCGGCUUGCUUCAAGUAAACCAAAUGCAGGAAGUGGACUACAACACAGGGCAUUGUGGGUAAACGCAACCAAAACACAUACGUGCGUGUAAAGCGAUAGGCGGGAGAAAUUACGGUUUCGGCGCCUAUGUUUUGCUCUUAUGUGGAGGAAACUGAAGUUGUCCUGGAUUAACUAACAGAUGAGCGAGUUUUCUUGUUCAUUGUUGUCUUUGUCUUCUCAUUCAGUAAUUCUUGAUGCAGCGCCGCCUCAGGCGAGGAUGGGAUCAUGUUAUUCAAAAGGUUUGGAUUGUGCAGCUUGAAAGCAAAGUCGGACCAACUUGAGUGUUGCAAUCCCCAAUUGAACCGAGUCUCCAAUCGUACCGAGUCUAGCGGAGACUAUUAGGUGGGAAAACGACCUAAGAGGUGUGACUGCAGUUACUUGUUUUAAAGUUAAUUUCGAUGGUUUGGUUUUCACAGCUCUUUUCUUGAAAAGGUUGAGCUUUGUGUUGGUUGUGACAAUUUGAAAAGUAACUAAAUCACCUUCUCAAUCCAUAGCAACAAUAAUUCUGUUUUACAGAACAAGUUAGUUUUAAUUUCACCAAUGUUUUGUCUUAUUGAUUUUCUUGAUUGCCGUAACCUAACUGAACACUUUAAACGUCUUGUUUUCACACACAGAGAACUACAUGGGUCUGUAGAUAAAACCCAGACUCUCUGCUUCCAGGUUCAGAUGUGAAGGGGCUAGAUGAUGUUAGGACGUAGGGCUACUUAUUUCGUUCUCUGAAAACAAUAAUAUUAAACUGAACAAUGUGCAUUUAUUGGUAUUUAACAUGCCACCCCACUUAGUUUCUGUGUUAGUCUUCUGAUGACCAAACAUGAUUCAGCCUUAAUCCAAAAUAUUUUACACUUGAUUGAUUGUAACGUUACAAGAUCAGAUUUGUUUCAGUGCAACUAUUUUUACUUUUUACUAUUUUUAUGUCUCAGAUACUUAAAUGUUUCCAUUACAUUA